AGCCCGGCUCACACCUUUGCGUUUUUAGCUGCGUAUUGCUGCGAUAGCCGAACGCAGCCUAAACGCAGCCUUAAGCAGCACGACGCAGCAAAACAUUCGGCAGCCCUCACACUGUUGCGUAUGGAGCUCGUUAUAGCUCGUACAUUUUUUCGAAAAAUGACCGCUUACGGUCGCUUUAGGUUGCGUUUUACCUCGCUCUAGCUCGCUUUUGCUCGUAGCAGUACGAUGCAAUACGAAGUUUGCUCGCCACGUUGCGUGUUUAUCUCGUUAGCCACUCGUUUGUUGCUCGCUAACCGCUCGCCCUACCUCGUCUCGCCUCGACUCACUGCUCAUUCACUCGCUUUAUCUCGACUGCUGCUCGUUCCGCGGCGUAACAGUUCGCUCUGCUGCGUACACGUGUGGUCGUAUAUUGCAGCGGUGAUGAUCAUUUUGUGGUACUAGUCAUAAUCUUUGACGAAUCUACAGGCAAACAUCGCUUUGUGAACUAUGACUUCUCUGCAAAGCUCUUCUAUACAAAAAAUUAAGCUUUUGCUUCAGCUGGAAGAGGAAGAGGCCACUGACGAUUAUGCGCAAGGGGAAUUGCUGCUUGAGUUGCAUCGACGAAGUCGUAUCCGGCCUCGAAGUUGUUGGAUUCGGUCUUGGAUCUGCAGGAGGAAUGAGCAGGGCCAUUUCAACCAGCUGAUGAGGGAACUAGAAGCUGAAGACCAAGAAGCAUUCGCAAACUAUUUGAGAAUAAGUCCUGCAAUGUUCAGUGAGUUAGAACAAAGACUCCAUGGGAGACUGGAGAAGCAGGACACCUUCUUCAGGGAAGCUCUUUCACCUGCACUAAAGCUAGCCGUCACCCUUAGACACUUGGCCACUGGGGACAGUUACAAAACGCUCAUGUAUAGUUUCAGGGUUGCCGAUAACACAAUUUCACUCAUAGUCCGUGAAGUGUGCUCUGCCAUCAUCGAGGAGUUCUCAGACGAGCUUGUUAGGUGCCCCACCAGUCCUCAAGAAUGGAAAACGGUUGCACAGGGCUUCGAAGAUCGGUGGAACGCUCCUCACACCAUUGGAGCCUUGGACGGCAAACAUAUUGCCAUCCGAUGUCCCGCUGAUAGUGGCUCCAUCUUUUACAACUACAAGGGCUUUUAUUCGCUAGUUAUGAUGGCCUUAGUUGAUGCCCAGUACAGGUUCCUGUGGAUCGAUGUGGGAGCUGAGGGAUCUACGUCAGAUGCGCAGCUUUUUAACUCUUGCGAACUAAGGCAACGCCUAGAAUCGGACACCCUUGGAGUACCCCCUCCAGAGCCCCUGCCAAAUGACGACGAGAACACCCCUUACUACAUCGUGGCAGACGAGGCAUUCCCGUUGAGAACAUGGCUGAUGAAGCCAUAUGCUAGAACAGCUAUGGCUAGAGAAGAGAGAGUUUUUUAACUACAGGCUCUCUCGGGCUAGGAGAGUGGUCGAGAACGCUUUCGGAAUUCUCGCCAAUCGAUUCCAGUGCCUGCUUUCCACUCUCCGCCAAACCCCUGCGACUGUCAGAUUAAUCGUUCAAGCAUGUGUAUGCCUCCACAACCUGAUGAGAUCUCGAUACCCAUCCAUUCAAAAUCCAGCCCUUGACAUGGAGGAUGCCGAGCACAACCUAGUGCCCGGUUCAUGGAGAGGAGAGCAAACACUGGCUGACAUAAGACAACCAACUAGAGGUCGCCCGAUCACCCAGGCAGCUCAGGCCCAAAGGAAUUACAUCAAGGCCUACUACAACAGCCCUGCUGGUUCUGUUCCCUGGCAGGAGUCAAAGAUUUGAAUGAGUCAUGCAAAUAUAUGCUCAGGAUUUUACCAAUGCAAUACCUAAAGACGUGUUUAACUAGCUUGAAGACCCAAACAUUACCUUGUUAGUUCUUUCGGUGUUGCAUAUUUAAGAAAAACAGAGAGAUAACAAUGGAAUAACUUUUUACUCCUGGACAGUGAUGCAGCAGUGCAGUAUCACGAAAUCUGUUCUAUUGCUACCGACAUCUGGACCAACAUAUGGAAAUUUUGGAAAUCUCUAGGACUUGUAUUCCACAGAAAAGAUAAAUUCCCUACCGAUGUAAUAUUUUUUUCAAUGCUAUGUUAGAUAUUACGAUGGUUUAUUUUUUUUAAGAUUUAGAUUAAAGCCAGAGUAUAGUCUUGGUAAACCGUGAAAAAAUCAUACAUUUUAUAAUUGGGCAAUUCAAUCGGGCUUUACGAUCUCUAACAGAUCUCUAAAAUGUUUUCUUCAAACCCAUCAAUUUUGGUAAUAUUAGCCAAAAUUAUAAAAACUCGGGAUGUCCCUGAGAUUUUCAGCAUAGCGUUAUGUACAGAGCUCCCUCUAGCGGCCAUUUUGCUGAUAAUUUGUCAUUUACAGCAAUC